AUGGAAGCUCCUUAUGGCUAUACAGCAACUGGUAGGAUCAGAAAAAAACCUAUCAAAGGGACUGCUCUUCUAGCAGCUCCUGUCAAUAACCCUCAACCUGAAAAACCCGAAAAGUUUAUUAGGUGUCCUGUUACCACCUGCAACAAAGACUUUCAGCACCGGAAGGAUCCUCACAAAGCUGUAUGGCAACAUCUCCUGCAUCAUGCAAAUAGUUAUGUGGGUGACCCAGACCAUAAGGCUGCAUAUGCUGCUAUCAAAGAAGAAAGAAAGGUAGAAGCGGGGGAUAAGAAAACACGGGAGAAAAGGAAUUCAGCUAGGUGGAGAGCAAGAAAUGUUAGGAAGGCAAAGCGGUCAUCAGCUAUGGGAACAGCAAAGCGAAAGUUUGAGAUUCAAUUGAGAAGAGCAGGGGAAUUUACGGAGGAGGCAUUGAAGAAAUUAAUUGAUGAUAAGAUGGCAGAAUGGGAUUUGAAUAACUAG